GCCGCGCCCGAGACACUGAAAGCAACGAAGGCAAACGACUUUCCUUUUUUCCUUUACACUUAUUGUAGUCCAAAAGCUCUCAAUUCCACUGUUUUUGAUCUUUGAUUCGAUCCAAGCCGCCAGAUAAUCGAUUCCCACGUCCGAUUUCGUCGGCACGAUCAAACCACAUCUCCACUUCGUGGUCCAAUCGAGAGUUCCGGAUUUCGCUUUCUAGUUUAUAAAGCUUUACUCCUCCGUCGCUUGCAACCGGAUGUUCUCUGUCUCGUCGCCGUCGUCGUUGCCUUCUGAAGAUAAAGGGAAGUAUCAGAUGUUUCUUGGGGACAGUUAUUCUAAUGGAAGUCAAAAUCUUUCCUUCUCUUCGUCCAUGAGAGAUGUGAGUUACAGCUGUGGUUCCUGUGGGUAUGCAUUAAAUUUGAGCUCAUCCAACCGUAAUACAUCGAAAAUAGGAUCAAAAUAUGGGAAGUCCAUAAAGAGAGGGAUUAUAUCAUUCUUAUCAAUUGAUGAAAGCAGAUUCACUCAAGUUGAUGAGCUCCAAUGCAUGCCAUACUACAUCUCCAAGCACUCAUGGGGUUUGCUCCGCCGAAGAACAAAACUUCUGUGUCGUAAAUGUGGGAACCUUGUUGGUCAUGCUUAUGAAGACAAUACUUUCUCUUACCCCUCUGUACCAGAUGGAUCAGAUUCAAGCUCAGGGAGUGGGGUUUCCUUUUGUCGAAAGUAUGAUGUCAAAAUUCGUUCCUUACAGCCUUCCUCUUCUGAAGAAUCUGGUGUUCCUCUUUUCAUGUGAUGCAUAUGAGAAGGUUCAUCACAUAUUAUGUCUCCUUUCUGAAGAACCUUCAUAGUUCAAACAACCAUUCCAGAUGUUGAAGAUUAUAGAGAGGUUAUGUUUAGUUUGUAAUCGAGUUCCUUGAUUGCUGAACCAUGCAAAAGGUGUUAUUUUGGUCAUUCAACUGCAUUAUCAAGGUCCUCUUCGGCAUGAUAUCCUUAAUAGGCAUCACUCAGAAUUUGCUAUUUAUGGACACGAUUGUUACUAGCAUUCAUCAGUAUUUCUACUUGGAGUGCUGUAUGUUGGAUGACAUUGGCAGCAAUGAGAACCAGCAUUCAACAAUGCUUUUGUGAUAGGAGUGAGUGGUAAGGUCUUGUGUUCUCAUUGAUCAUCUUUUAGUUAUCAUGUAUGGUUUUAUGUACAGACACUUAAACUUACUACAAGUUUUGCUUUUAGUUUCCGUUUAUAGAUGAUUAAAGAUAAAAGUUAAAAGGAUCAAGUCUGAAUUUAUCCCCAAAUGUGAGGGGCUUGUGAAGAUGUCAUAAUUGAGUAUGUUUGGAAUGGGUAGGCAUCAAUUUGUCUGUUAGAACCUGUCUUAUUAUAAGCAAUCUCUUUUCUUAAGAUUUGUUUAAAUGAACAAGUUUGCUACAUCA